AUGGUCGGUGACGAUCAGCUCUAUUAUGCGUCCACAUUAUUACGAGAUGCUGCUCUGCAAUGGUAUCAUAAUGAGCGAAAAGAAAUAGAUGAUUGCAUCAAACAACCGAUAUUGAGCUUUUUGGAAUUCAAACAGCGUAUUCGACUAGCAUUUGAGCCCCCACAUCAUCAACAACCACUUCGAAGACAGCUCCGGAUACUGAAACAAACAACAACUGCACAACAAUAUAUAUAUAUGAAUUUCAUUUCAUCGCGAUCGGGCCGCGACAUGCGUGAUAUCAUAGCGGUCGCGCCGCGAAUUAUGCGUGACAGUGGACCUGGGAUGCCUAAUUAUGUCAAUAUGGAAGACAUGAAAACCGGUUUAGGUAUCGGUUGCACGUUUGCUAUAAUACUUAUGAUAUUUUCCUGUGUAUGUUUUGGGAUCGAAUUACAUGCCUAUAUUACCUAUGUACCUCCACCAAAACGAGCUACACCACCGCCAGCUUCGCCACCGCCAGCUUCACCACCGCCAGCUUCGCCACCGCCAGCUUCACCACCGCCAGCUUCACCCCCUGCGAGACGCGUUUCGCCCGCUAUUGUACUGCCCCCGCCGUCAUAUGAUGAUGCAAUGCGAGUUCCGGACUAUAUACCUCGACGACCGGCACCUCCUGCACGAAGCAGAUCAUUUGUUGGUCCUUAUGGUGAUCCGCACAGAUCAUAUAUGGGCGACCGUCCGAGCUAUGAAAGGAGAGAUGGACCGGGUCUUACUCGAGUCGAGACAGAACCGUAUGUUACAGUCAAAACAACAGGAGUGCAUAUUACCAACCCUAGAUCUACAACCCGACAUACUCUUCUAGUCGCACCCAGUACUUGUCCUCGUUCUAUUUGCAAAGAAUUUCUUGAAAGUUUAGGGUUAUCACCGCAGUAUUUUACACGGUCACACGAUGAGUGCUACUGCACCAGAUGCUAUCCUCCUAGUCGUACUAAAAUAAAGUCUAAAGGUGGAUAUGAAUAUACUGUACCUGUUGGGUGGGUACGUUUUAGCCUGCAUAUAGACAGUGCAUUAUCGAAAAGUAAAAAAAUUUUUCAAAGAUGGGCCACAUCCUACUAUGGAACAUCGGCUGAUAAACUUGAGCCUAUAUUACGUUAUGGUAAUGGUUCUAUUCCAUUUCCAAAUGAUCAGAUGCCUUCCGGUGAAACAUUCGGUACACAUCUAAAGGAUAAAGAUCAUCUGUACACAUCGCAAGGGGGAAACACCGUACUCCGUAUUCCGCCACUCCGCGGAGUGAACUUUCAUUCCGGUUCACUCCGGAGUGAACCGGAGUGA